AUGAAGCCACAGCUUCAACAGGAGGAAAAUCGAUCCAAAGGUAACUUGGAGGAUGAAGGAGAUAGCCAUAGAAGAAGUGACCAUCGAAGACCUACAACUCUAGAUGAACAGAGUUCGGAUCUUCUUCAAGAGAUGAGGAAGGAGAUGGACGAACUGAGGAAUGCAAUCAAGGAGAAAACAGACCGGAGUGUGGAUAGAAUGGUCAGGGCAACGAACUCACCCUUCACUACGGCGGUCCUAAAGUGUCCGAUGCCAUCGAAAUUUCAACUACCCCAACUUGAACCGUUUGACGGGCUUAAAGACCCCCAAGAUCACCUCAACACCUUCAAAACAACGCUAGGCCUUCAACAGCCACCUGACGAGAUACUGUACUGUUCCUUUUCCACCACCCUCAAAGGAGCGGCAAGAGAAUGGUUCACCAAGUUGCCAACAUCGUUCGUCGAUAGCUUCGAGCAACUGAGUAACGCCUUUUUACACCACUUCAUUAGAGGACAACGCCCUAAGAGGCCAGCGAACCAUUUACUCACCAUUAGACAAGGAGAGAAAGAAACCCUAGGGUCGUAUGUACAACGCUUCACUCGGGAGACCUUGGAGGUAGACAAAGCUGACGACAAGGUACAGCUGACGACCUUCAAAGCGGGACUGAGGUCCAGAGAGUUCGUGGCUUCACUCGCAAAGAAUCCUCCCAAGACGAUGAUAGAGACGCUCCUGAAAGCACAAAAGUAUAUGAAUGCUGAAGACGCAUUAGUAGCCAUAAGGGAUGCAGAGAGGCCAAGAGACAAGGGAAAGAAGGAAGAAAAUCAUAGAGGACAAAAGAGGGAAUGCCCAGAUCAUCGGAGCAAUGACGGGGGAAAAAGGAAAGACGAUAAAACUCCUCGAACGGUAAAAUUUACCUCUUUAGUUAUGCCUGUUGACAAAAUUCUAAUGCAGAUUAAGGGUGAGCACUACCUCAAAUGGCCGAGGCUAUUACAUUUGUCCCCCAACAUCCGUGAUAAGAAUAAAUACUGCUGA